CGGCACAAUCCGUUUUACGGGUUCAUCCUGCGAUAUUCAUAUCUGUGUCACACUGCAUUUCUCUGCAGAUAAUCCCUGGUGACUGAUUCUGGUUAUAAGUCAUAGAUUUAUUCUCAGCUAUAUCAAUGGCAUUCUUCAAGAAAAUCUUUAAGAAGGUCACAGAUGAUGAAUCAGACCAGGAUUUGGACUUGUUUGUUAAAACCCCUGUGAAGCCUCCAUACUAUGGAACAGUCACCCCAGAACCCCACUUCAGUGCCAUCAGAGAUGCAGCGGCACUACAGAAAGCCAUCAAGGCCAAAGGUGUAGAUGAGGCCGCCAUCAUAGACCUGCUGGUGAAGAGGAGCAAUGACCAAAGACAGCAAAUCAAAGCUGCCUAUCAGCUGGACACUGGAAAGCCUCUGGAGGGUGUUUUGAAAUCGGCCUUGAAGUCAGACUUUGAGAAUGUAGUUCUGUCACUGCUCAUGAGCCCCGCCCACCAUGAUGCCCACGAACUCAAAGAGGCCAUGAAGGGUUUGGGGACUAAAGAGCAUGUCUUGAGUGAGAUUCUGAUCUCCAGAUCAAACAGACAAAUCAAUGAAAUUAAAAAGGUCUUCAAGGAAGUUUAUGAUGAGGAUCUGGAGGAAGACAUUAGAAAUGACACCAGUGGAGAUUUUAUGACAACUCUACUUGCCCUCUGUAAGGCAGAUCGUAAUGAACAGCAUUAUAUUGAUGACAGCCUUGCCAACAAAGAUGCAAAGGCUCUGUAUGCGGCAGGAGAGAAGCGGAAAGGAACGGACAUCGCUGUCUUCAUCGACAUCUUCACCUCCAGGAGCGGACCUCAGCUCUGCAAGGUGAUGAAGCUGUAUUCCCAGUACAGUGAGGAGGGUUUGGCUGAUGCAGUCAUGAAUGAGCUGAAGGGAGAUACAGAGGACUGUUUCAUGGCAUUAGUGAAGUGUGCCUGGAACCCAGCUACCUACUUUGCUGAAAAGCUUCACUUGGCAAUGAAGGGCUUUGGGAAUGACAGUGACACCAUUACUAGAAUCAUUGUGAGUCGUUCAGAGGUGGACCUGAAGAAUAUCCUAAAGGAGUACAAGAGGCUGCAUCAGAGGACCCUACAAGAGGACAUUCUGGCUGAGACUAAAGGGGACUUUGAGAAGAUUCUCCUGGCACUGUGUGGAGACAACUGAGCUCCCAACCCUCCACUCUGUCCACAGGAUGUCAAAGUAUGGGCCUACUAUCUACUAAGUCUGCCCUCCAGUCUGUCAGAAGAGUCCAUCCUCUAGGUUGUUCAUGUUACUGUCCAUAUCCAAGUCAUAUUUUGAGAUAUCAGUUUGGGGAUGCAUCAUGGAGAGAGCUGUGUAACAAUUUAUAGAAUUAACAGCUAAUAAUAUAAAAUAAAUUAUUUAUUCAUUACAGUGUUUUCUAUGUAGUAGAAUGUAGCGUUUUCUAUGUAGUAGAUUUCUGUUAAACUAACUGUAUUUGUCAUCACUUUUGUGUAUAAAAUUUAUAAAGGAGUCAGUGCAAUUUAAAUAAACCAAAUACUGUGUUUAAUAAUAACUGAAAACUAUUAAAAAUACUAAAAAAUA